AUGGCAGCGGCGGCGCCGAACGCUGCCGCCUCGGCGCUGGAGUCCCUCGCCCAGGCGUCUCCGGCCUCGCUCGCGGGAACGCCUUCCGACUUCACGUGGAUCGUGGCUGUCGCAGGCAUCACCUGUUUCCUCACUGCCUUUGCGAUCGGCGCGAACGACGUGGCAAACACCUUCAGCAGCUCUGUCGGCUCGCGGGCCAUCCCCCUCUGGGCGGCGAUCGCCAUGUCUGCGGUCUUGGAGACAGUUGGCGCCACUCUCCUCGGCGGCGCCGUCACAGACAGCAUUCGCUCCAAAAUCAUCGAUUUUGAGGUUUUUCGAGAGACGCCUUCGAUCCUGAUGACGGGGAUGCUCUGCGCGUUGAUUGGCGCCGGGCUGUGGCUCUUCCUCGCGAACCACUUGGGCUUGCCUGUGUCGACGACGCACUCCAUCAUUGGAGCGCUCCUCGGCUUCGGCUUGGCGUCCGGCAAUGUCAGCGCAGUCAAGUGGAGUCAGGUGGCCUUCAUUGUCGGGUCGUGGAUUGCCGCGCCUCUCGCGGCGAGCGUCGUCGGCGCCUCCAUUUUCGUCUGCAUGCGCCGCCUGAUUCUUCGAAGCCGCCAGCCGCUCCGGCGCGCCAAGCGCUUCCUCUGGAUCUUCAUUUGGCUGAUCACGCUCACCUUCUCGGUCUUUCUCGUCUUCAAAAACUUCUUUGAAAUCGACACCAGUUGCGAGCAGAUGAUGCCGUCUGGCGAGGUGGAGCGCUUUUCUCCGUGCCGCAUUUCGCGGUGGGCAGACGCUCACGCUGGCCCCUCCGUCGGAAUUGCGCUCGGUCUCUCGGUCGUCCUGACCGCUGUGAUUUCCUGCCUAGUCUACCGCUUCGCGUUCUACCGGGUGCAAAGCUACCGCCGGCGCCAGCAAGAGAAGAAGGGGAGCUGCGACGACCGAGGCUCAGGGCCGGCGGGAGAGGAGCGCCCGUGGCUGGGUCGCGGAAGGUCUGCGGGGCUCCUCGCGACGCCGCGCUCCUUCGCUUCCAAACCCGACGAGGCGAAGAGCCAGGUCGAACGCGACGACAGGCAGCGGCCUUCAGAACUGGACCAAACUCAGCGGUCCAUGGACCCGCGCCACGCGCCGACCUCGCCGCACGACCUCCCGUUCGAGGAGUGUAUGGACACCCGAGCCGACAGCGUACACACGGCCGACGGCGCUCGCAGUGGGCUCGCUUCGAAUGGAACGGAACUGCACGAGAUUCGGCAUCCGCUUCGCGGUGACGCAAAGCGCGAGACAUGUGACGAGGCAGGUUCUCCACUUCCCGAGCGCAGUUUGCUGAAUUUUUCUCGGGCUCUGGCUCAGCAGGACGCCCACGCUUUUUUCCAGAAUUCGCCUGAGCACACCGCUCCCCCGCUUUUGUCAUCUUCGUCGCUUCUCCAGUUCUCUCCCGUCUCUGCUCCUCGCGCUAUCCAGUCCGUCCCGCGUUACCAGCGGGCGGCUUCGGACUCGCUCUCGCUUUCCCCGGCGUCUGCGUCGCCUUCCCCGUUUUUCCGAGCUUCGUCGCCGGAGUCGCCGCGCGCCUGCGCGUCUCCGGCGCACAUGUCUCCGUGUCUCCCUCGCGUCUUUUUCUCCACGGCCGCGCACGCGUUGCCGCAGCGGGAACUGCUCAGCGACACGGACGCAGACACGCCCGACGGGCCUUUGCACAGGCGGCGGCCGGGCGGCGACGGGCCCGCUGGCCCGGCGAAGGGCGCGGAGCGCGCGCCGCGUGACCCCAAAGGCGAGGGCGAGGCUGACAGUCUCUCGCAGUUCGUGAUCGUCGCAGCGCAGAGCCCAGAGACGGAGCAGGACGACGAGGGAGUCUCUGGGGGCAAGCGCGUCGAAGGCGACUCUCGCAUAACGCUGAAGGUUCCGCCGCACGAGGCGCGAGACGGUCACGAAGAGUCUUUCUUCGCGCCCACACUGACUCAUGACGACAACGGCCUGUUGUUCAUUCCAGGAGCGGAAAUUGGCGCGUCCGUCACGUCGGAACUCGGAGACGAAGAGGAGCCCCCCAAGACCUGGAAAGGAAAGCUGCGAGCGGCGUGGCGAAACAUGCCGUGGUUUAAAGAUAUCCACGCAGAGGGGAGCACCGAAGACGAGCUGGUUGCGCAGCUGCAGACUGGCGCCGAGGUGUUUGACACCGAAACGGAGUUGUUUUUCUCGGCGUGUCAAGUGGUCUCUGCAUGCAUGGGGUGCAUCGCCCACAGCGCGAAUGACACAGCGAACGCGAUCGGGCCCUUCGCUGCGAUUCUGACCGUGUACCAAACCGGCGUCGCAGACAGCGAAAUCGGUUCGCCGUGGUACAUUCUUCUCUUUGGUGGUCUGAGCAUGUCGCUGGGUCUCGCGCUCCUCGGCUACCGAGUCAUCAAAACGGUUGGAGUGAAGCUGGUCAAAAUCACCCCCGCGCGAGGCUUCUCCAUGGAGCUGGGAGCAGCAUGGACCGUCUUGAUAUUUAGCGCAGUCGGCGUCCCGCUGUCGACGACUCACUGCGCCGUCGGCAGCACGGUCGGCGUGGGCCUUAUGGAGCCCAGAAACCCCCGGUCGGCGGAGACAGGCGACGGGCCGGCGUGCGACGAGGCCGAGGGCUCGAAGCGAUCUGCGAGGUGUCCGUUUGUCAACACAGCCUCGGUCAACUGGAAGCUGUUUGGCGGAGUCUUCGUGUCCUGGAUCGUCACGAUCGCCUUCUCUGCCCUGGUGACCGCCGCGCUCUUCUCCUUCGCCGCCUAUUCACCGCGCAUGGUUUCCCAGUAG